AGACUCCCUAUGAUGAUGAGCCAGAGCCUUGGACUGGGAUUGGCCGGGGCUGGCGGGAGGGGCCGUCUCCGCUGGGAAAGACGGAAGUGGGAAGGGCUCGGGGAGGCCGAAACCAAGUUUGGGGUCGAGGCUCCUCAGGGAUCAGGAAUCAGGAUGAGCGGCCUGGGGAGGCUCUUUGGCAGGGCAGGGAAGAAGGAGAAGGACCCAAGCCCUGAAGAGGCAGUUCAGAAAUUGCAGGAGACAGAAAAGAUGUUGAUCAAGAAGCAGGAGUUUCUAGAGCAGAAGAUCCAGCAGGAACUUCAGACUGCCAAGAAGCAUGGGACCAAGGACAAGAGAGCUGCCCUGCAGGCGCUGCGCAGAAAGAAGAGGCUGGAACAACAGCUGGCACAGACAGAUGGGACUCUAUCUACCCUGGAAUUCCAGCGUGAAGCCAUUGAGAAUGCCACCACCAAUGCUGAAGUGCUUCGAACCAUGGGGCUGGCUGCCCGUGCCAUGAGCAAGGCCCACCAGGACAUGGACAUCAACAAGGUGGAUGAGCUGAUGUCUGACAUCACAGAGCAGCAGGAAAUAGCCCAGGAAAUCUCUGAUGCUAUUUCUCGGCCUGUGGGCUUUGGGGAUGAUGUGGAUGAGGAUGAGCUGCUGGAGGAACUAGAGGAACUAGAGCAGGAGAAAUUGAACCAAGAGCUGCUGAAUAUGGAAGAGGAUGAAGCAGCAGCACCAGCCACGCUGCCUGAUGUCCCCUCUACUCAUUUACCCACCAGUCCAGCUUCCAAGGCUGAUGAGGAAAAGGAACUGAAGCAAUUAGUUGAUUGGGUAGCCUGAAAAGAAUGCCUUGAUGUUCUUGAAACUCCAUCCAAUUCCCCUCUUUUCCCCCAAGUGCCAGUGUACUGAGCUGAAGGGUUUAAACCUCAUGAGGCACUGGUGAGGGUAGUAAGUCUGCCCCUUCCUGAGGAACUUGAUGCCUCACCUAGCACACCUCUGGAGUAGGACUGUUUUUCUGUUUGGGGAUGGGGGCGAGGGUGUUUGAAGGUGGGGAAGGUGGGAGGAAGGAGAAAAGUCCCUGGACCAUUUUUUUCAUUGGAAGCUGUUACAAAGGCCCUUACUCUCAAUAAAACUGGGCAGAUGGA